CGGACAGGCCAGGUGGUGAGAAUUUUGAUGUUGCAAGAUUCAUGAAAUGGAGGCCGAAAAUAAAACGGAAGGAGACAAGAACGAGCCCACACGGCAGAAUGAUGACAGCGAACUGGAAACGAUUGUAGGCAUGGAGGCCCUAGUUAAUGUUGAUGAGGAGAUAAAAGAAAGCGAAUGUGUCGAACGUGUCGUCGAUGUCGAACGGAAUAUCCCAUCAGCAAAUUCUGUGUCCGAUGAGGAGUACAAUGAACUGUGUGAUGCAGUCCUGCAAAGGAGAAAAAAGACACUUGCUGACAGACCUGGGUGUGGUCCUGAUGAAGAUCUGGAGGAUCCACAGAGCGAGGAGGAAGAACUUCAAGACGUUGACCAGCAACAACAACAAACAGAUAACAUACACAGCGAUCUAGUCACCCCGGAGCUGAGCGCCGAGGAAAAGGAAUCCCUGCCCAUGCCUCCAAAACUCUCUCACAAGAGGUCGCACAAGAAGAAGACUCCUCAGGCUGAUCGACGCAAGAGAAGUGGGAGAAAACUGGAGUACCAGAGCUCUACACAAUCUGUGCCCCUCCACAAAGCGAUCAAGAGAAAACGCCUCCCAAAAUCUGACCCCAAACCCAAGAAAAAAAGAAAGGGCAGCGAUAAGAAGAAGAAGCUUCAAGAGCGAACGGUCCAUGAAGACGGAACCUGGGUGCAGUGUAUGCACAGUGAAUGCUUGAAGUGGCGCUAUCUGAGUGAUGUCACAGAUCCCGCACUGAUACCUGAGCACUGGGUCUGCAAAAUGAAUACAGAUUCUGCUCACAAUUCUUGUGAACACCCUGAGGAGGAUUACCACUCGCUGGAGUUUGUCUUCACCAAGUUCACCGAGGGAUCCAUUGUCUGGGCCAAGAUGCAGGGCUUCCCAUGGUGGCCGGCAAUGGUAGAGGAAGACCCCGACACUGGUACAUACCUGGAACAAGAGGACACCGACACCUACCCUACUCACUACCAUGUCGUGUUUCUGGACAAGAAUGUCUCCAGGACUUGGCUGAAGAGCACAUUCAUCAGGAAGUAUGAUCCCGGCAAAGACGAGCAAACACAUGCAAAGGGCCGAGACUACAAACAGCAGGUUAGUCAAGCUGUAGCCAGAGCUAACAAGGCACUGUCCAUGAACGUACAGGAGCGAAUAAAGACAUUUGGCUUCAGUCACACCUUUAAAGGAAAGAUAGUGGAUAACUCACAGGAGUCUUCAAUUGUUGAGGUUGUAGAUGUCGCUUCAGAUUCAGACCAUGAGUCAGAUGAUGUGGAUGUAGAGUUUGAUCUUGAGAUACUUGGGCUGGACGUAGACGAGAUACUUGAGGAGGCAGAGGCCUUACUGAGUGAGGCAGGGGAGACCAUCCAGUCACUUCAAGACACACCUCUUGAUGAAGAGGCCCCAAAGGAAACUAAAAAGAGAAGGAAGUCAAAGAAGAUUACGGAUGGAGAGGCACGGGAGGGUAAUAUUGAUAAGGAAUGUAAGACAAAGAGGCAGUACAAAAAGAAGUCUCUCAAAGAUAUUAGUGACCAAAAGAAAAAGAAGCAUAAAUCCCAUCAUCAUCAUUCAAAGAAAAAUAGUAAGGAGAAAGAAGCAGGCAUCACUGCAGGGUCAAAUGACGAUACUGCAAAGCACAUGGAUGAAGAAUGUCGCAAGAGUGUUGGAGAUAUUCAAGCUUCUGAAUCAGAAAUACGAUCCAAGAUAAUAAAUGAUGAGGUGAAAGAAGAUGGCUCAACAAAGAAGUCAAAGAAGCAACAUGUCAAGAAGAGCUGUUUACUCAACAAAAAAGCAGCAGGAAGUACAGGGGAAGAUGAUGCAAUGAAUCAGUGUAAAAACUCUGAUCCUGAUGCGAGAACAAAACAAAAAAAACCCAGAAAGCCAAGAGUAAAGAAAUCACAUGUUGAGGUUGAACCGAAAACAAAUAUAGCACCUGCUGUAGUGCUAAAGGCAGAAGAGUCUCCCCAGACUAGUACUUCAGUGGUUGAAUCUGAGAAACAAGAAUCAAAGAAAACUGCUGGAGAUGUCAGACCAAAGGUGAAGAAAGUCAGAAGGCCACGGGUUGAAUCCAAAGAGAAUAAUGAGCAAAAACCUGCUGUGGUGCCGAAGGAGACAGCCUCAGUAAAAGAAUCUGAGAAUCCACAACAACCUGACAAAAGUGAUGGAGCUGCUGUCCCAAAAGAGAAGAAAGAAAAGAAAGUCCGAAAGCCAAGGGUUAAGAAAUCAGAUGGUGAAGUUGAACCCAAAGUCAAGAAGCCCAGAGCAAAGAAAUUUUCAGCAAAGAUGAACACAGGGAAUUUGAAUAAGACUGAUACCCCAACAGCAGAAUCCGAGAAAAUCCAAGAUGUUAGAGAAAGUGACACAAAUUCAAAACCAAGAGUCAAGAAGCCAAGAGCUAAGAAAUCCUCUGCUGCAAAACCUUCAGCAGAUCCUGUGAAGACUUGUACCGCAGAAGACAUGUCUGACAGGUUAAAUAUCGAAGCUCAUGGCUCUCCAAACACUCGGGAUGAUGAUUCAAAAACCAAAACCAAAAAGAAGAGUAAGACAACCGAGGCUGGCCCAAAGAUGAAGCCAGCUUUCAAAACACCAUCCAAGAAGUUAGAGGAUGUGGUAAAGAAGCCAAAGAAGUCAUCCUUUGCAGUUCCGUUGGUGAGAAAAGAUGAACAGUUGUCUAAAAAGUUUCAUCAGAAGGAAACCACAAAAGACAAACUUUCCAAUAACAUGGAAAAUCAUGCCUUGAUGUCAGUUGAAGGGAGAAUUGACAAAGACUUGAAAAAAGAGCCUCCUAAAUCAGAUACCACCACCACUAAAACUGGUCCAGAAGAUGCUGGUGUGUCCAAACAAAGAGCCAAAAAGUUUAGCAUCAAGAAGAAAGCUAACCUCCCUCUUUCCGAGUCAACUUCCUCAGCAGAAAUUUCCGUGACUGAUGCAAGUCCAUGCAUAAACCAAAAUCCAACUCCCCCAGCAGAGCCGACUAGGGAUGCUGAUUGUACGUUUAACCAACAACCACAGAAGCUGGAGAAGAAUCCGCCUAAGAAAGGUACUGCAAAGAAAUUCAGCAUCAAACACAAGACCGCAGUCUCAAAGGCUUCUUCAGUUGCACAUCCCCAUUCAGAACCACCAGAGCUUAUGAACAAGGUCAGUCCAGACACCAGUAGGAAUGAAAAUCCAGGCAAUGAAGUAAAAACAUUAGGUAUAAAUGAGCCAACAGGGGUAACCAAAAAACCAUCACCAAAGAAGUUGAACGUCAAGCGUAAACCAUCAUCUGAAUUUGGAGAAGCGACCAACCUGAAGUCUGGAAUUGAUGCCAAGGACAGCAUAUCUCCAUCUCCCAAGAAAAUGAAAGCUGAACGACAGGAGCAACAUUAUGUUGAUGAUGAGGAGUUCCUCCUCAAUCUAGAUGAGGAUCUCCUCGAUGAUGACACUGUCUUGGUCGUAGAAGAUAGGCAAAGGGAUCGGGUGGAUGUGGGGGAGGAUAGUGAUGACUUCAGCAUGGAGGAUCUAGAGGACUGGCCUAAGGAUCAAGACACAGUUGAUGAGCCUUCUCAGGGAGAUCCCAACAAACUCCUUAACCAGACAUCAGGAAGUGACACAAACCCACAGUCGUUUGAAAUAGUUGAGGAAUAAAUAAAUACCCUUGCCAACAUGACUUAUAUGGCCUUGACUUACUUUUUCUUGUUAUCGAAAGUUAAUUUGUUGGAUUUUUUGAUAUUGUGUUUCGCCUUCAGUUGUGUGUUAAGUAAAUAUAAGUAUAUAUCCCAUAUCAAAAGUGCAUUUUGUAUAUAAAUUACCAUUUUUGGUAAUUUGUAUGGGAUUUGGGAUAGUAGGGGCUCCAUCAUUAUAGCUUAUAAGGACUUUUAGGAGGCUCAGGGUGACCCAAGUCUCAAUGGAGAUGGUAUUUAAACCAUUUAGGCGAUCCAAAAAGUGGAAUGCUAUACCUAGCUUAUUUAAUUGGAUGACAUAGUAUUUGAUCAUCAUCCCAUCCAAAUACUGUGGUUGUAGGUCUAAAAUCACAAUGUCUUGAGAUGAUACAAUUAAACGGAAAUGUACACGCCAUUGCAGCAAUUAAAAGACCAACCUACCCCGCGAUUAUUUUACAUCCAUGUGCUAGAUUUCACCUCUAUUGUUAAUUAGUUCUUGUUGCUUGACGUGCAUCAGUUGUGUUAGAAAGUUGAUGAAGAUACCUUUCCAAAAGUAUCGAAUGAAUUCAAGUUGGCAGAAACUCAGGAUAACUUGCUGAAAUUGCAUAUUGGGAAUUUAAUUUUCCAUUUUGACAGUAAUAGCAAUUCAUUCACUUAUGAAAGUUUAAUACAACCUUUAUCUUUGAUAUUUAUGAUAUCUAUAAAUAAGCAUAUUUAAAUUUGUUCAUUGGUGCUGUUCAGUGUGUGUUAGAGAAAAACAUUAUUAAUUGCAGAGACCUACCUGUUG